ACGAGAUCUGUCACACACACACCGAAAUAUUUGUAUCCAAAUUACAUUUUUUGUAUAACCAUUAGUUUAAGGGAUUCUAAGAAAUUCUCUUUGAGUUCAAUAAGGAGAUCUAACCAUGCAUCGCUGGUUUUUUGCCACCGAGCGGGAGGAGUGUGAACCCAAGCCGCAGGAGGAUGAACUAGCAACCACUCGGGAAGCCGAAGAGCCGACCACUGCAGCUCCAGUUCCCACAACCGAUUGGCCUUUUUGCGUGAAGUUCCACCGUCCUCUCUGCGGAAAUGAGUACGUGGCCAUCAGUGGCAAUAGUGACUCCCUGGGGAACUGGGAUCCCAAGAAGGUGUACGUCCUGGCGAAGAAGGAGUGCAAGGACUGCAUCUGCAAGUGCUACCAGUUCGAGGCCUCCCUGGAAAUACCCCGUAAUAUCGACAUCCAGUACCGCUACUGCGUGGUGGUCUACGAUCCCAAGUCGGAUGAGACAUAUAUCCGCUUCUGGGAGUCGCAACUGAAACCCCGGCUUAUCCGUACUUGCCAAAACAUGCUGAAGCGAUGCGACACCUUUGGAACACCUCACGACGACGAUGAUGAGAAUAAGGUGGACCGCGGAUGGAUCACCACGGAGACCAUUGUCCACCUGAAGAUCUUCAACGCUCCUUUCAUCUGGCAGCAUCAGAAACAAAGGCUUCUGUAUGUUCGUGUGCAACCCAUGUAUGAGGUGCCCGAAGAUCCUUGCUUAGGGAAGGCUCAGCCCGUCAGACCGGGUACCUCGACCACGAGGAUGUCAAGCCUCUUGAACUCCCGCAAAAGUAAUGUAGAGGACUUGCACCUUUGCUUGGCCCAAGUCGAGGUGGUCAACCUGUGCUCCAAGAAACCGCUGGUCUUUCAGCCCCUAUUUGGAGUCCGCUGUGGUCCUGAGGACAUGGAACUCUUCCACUGCUCCAUCGCCUUUCCCGCAGAAACCCUUUACCGGUUGGAUCUGUACACCUAUGCCCACAAAGCGGCUUCGGAUGAGCCGCCUUAUCACUAUGGAUAUGGCUUCCUGAUGCCCGAACAGAUGCUGGACACCGAGGGCUCUGCCCGGGUGAAGAUCACCUGCGCCUCCACCCACCGUCCGCUCAUGGAGAUGUGUGUGCGGUACCUCGUGAUUCGACCUUUGGACAACUUCCAUUGUGAUCUGAGUCACAGCUACGAGCGGCACUGGCGAAAGAAUCGUCUUUGCAUGAAUAUAGGCCACAAGGGAUCGGGAAAUACCUACCGGUUGGGCAAUGAUUUAGUCCGGGAGAAUACCUUGUAUGGUUUUAAGCAAGCUGCUUUGGCCAACGCUGACAUGGUGGAGAUGGAUGUUCAUCUCACGCAGGAUGCCCAGGUGGUGGUCUACCAUGACUUCGUUCUUCGUUUCCUGCUGCAACGAAUGCCUAGCUACGAGGAUAUCCUAGAAAAUCAGGACCUCAUUAUCUUUGCUUAUGAAAAACUAAACAAACUUAUGCUCUUGGCCAUGGGAGGGUCAAAGCGAAAAGACCUCAUUGCCGUGCCCCUGGAGGCUUUCACCUAUGAGCAGCUGAAGGAGGUGAGAGUCCUUCGAUUUGUUGGCAGCAAAGGUUGCGAGGUGUCCUGUGAUAGGAUGCUGCAGGAGCAGCGUCCAUUUCCCCUGCUCCUUGAUCUUUUAGAACCGGAAAAUCUUCCCAUUAGUAUGGGCUUCCUCAUCGAAAUCAAAUGGCCACAGUUGACCAACUCACGUCGGUGGGAGAGUGGCAGUUUUAAGCCCACUUUCGAUCGGAACUUCUAUGUGGACACCAUCCUGGAGCUAGUCCUGAAAAAUGCCGGAAAACGGCGCAUUGUCUUUUGCAGCUUCGAUGCGGAUAUUUGUGCCAUGGUGCGGUAUAAACAGAAUAUCUAUCCGGUAACGCUGCUCGUGGAGGAACCAGAAUCCCCAGUUCAGUACGCAGAUCAGAGGGUCAGUGUGCUGGAAAGGGCCGUGGAGUUUUGCUACUCCCUGGAGUUCUUGGGCCUGACCCUGCACGCCAAUUCCCUCCUCAACAAACCCGCCACGAUGGCCUUCCUCCAUCAGUUCAACCUGGAGGCCUUUACCUAUGGAAGUCCCACCAUCAGCCUGGAGAUUCGCAAUAGACUCAGGAGACAUGGAGUGCUUGGUAUCAUCUAUGAUCGACUGGAUCAGUUGGACCAGGUGGGAGAGGAGCUGGAGGGUGACACCAUCUGCACCAUUGAUUCGGUGACCACCAGGCGGAUGAUCCGGGAAACGGAGGUGGAGGAGUGGCGCCAGAAGUGUGGUUACAAGCCAGUAACCGCCGCGGUAGAACGAAAUAUUUACAUCGAUUGACAAUGGUUUUACCCUGCUGACGAAUAAAGUAUCUAAAGUUA